AUGCACUCGACAUUCAGGAUACUCCACCACCACCAUCCAGGAAUAGGAAACAUACUCACAAGGACGAGGACCAAGACGAAGACUGGGUUCUGGUAUCAUCGAUCACUCUCCAGCAGCCAACCCACUCCUCAUCGUACUCCUCCAGGAAGGAGCUCGUCGGUCUUCCUGGGCACCACUGCCACUCUGGUAGGACUGCUCGGACUGGGAUGGGCGAUCGACAAAUACCUCUACGCCGAAGCACUAGGAAGGACCCUCCGAUUAGCCUACAAUGCGGGCCUGAUCAUCCUGGAUUACAAGCUCAACUUCAACCCAGACAGUUCGCCAGACGAGCUGCACGAACGAGUCUCGCAGAGGAUCUCAAAGACCUGUCUCCAGAACGGCGGCCUGUACAUCAAGCUGGGCCAGUCGAUUGCCAUCCAAGCCGCCAUCCUGCCCGCGCCAUACAAGAAGGCCUUCGAGGCCAUGUUUGACGCCGCCAUCCCGUUGCCCUUCGAAGAUGUCUUGAGGGUCUGGAACCAAGAGUUCCCUGCCCAACCUAUCGACUCCAUCUUCGAUCACUUCGAUCCUGUCCCCGUCGCGUGUGGCUCUAUCGCCCAGGUCCAUCAGGCUACCUUGAAAAACUCCGGUCAACUCGUCGCCGUUAAGGUCCAACGUCCUGAUAUCCCCAUCCAAAUGGAACUAGAUCUCUUUGCUUAUCGAAGCCUAUUAUACGUAUACCAAAAAGUAUUCGAAUUGCCUGUAUAUUUUAUUGCUCAUUAUGUAUCCGAUCAGAUUCGCAAAGAGACGGAUUUUGUUUGUGAGGCUAAGAACUCGGAACGGACGGCAACCUUGAUCGAAAAUGACCCGAGUCUGAAAGACCAGAUCUAUGUGCCCAAGGUACAUUGGCCACUGACGACGGGCCGAAUCCUGACGACAGAGUACGUGGAGAACGGAUGCAAAUUGACGGAUGAAGGGGGCUUGCGGGGGCGGAGAGUGGCGAAGAAAGAGGCCAUGGAUCUCGCCAUGCGUUUGUUUUCCCAGAUGGUCUUCAGCUAUGGCUGGCUUCAUUGCGACCUCCAUCCCGGAAACGUCCUGGUCUUUAAACGCAACGAUGGAAAACUGAACUUGGCUUUGAUCGAUCACGGGUUGUAUAUCGCUUUACCCGACCAAUUCCGGUGUGAUUAUUGUGAAUUGUGGCGUAGUUUGUUCGUCUUAGAUACCGAGUCAAUAGAAAGGAUCGCUCGAGGAUGGGGAAUCGCAAACAGCGACCUAUUCGCUUCGGCAACACUUUUGAGACCGUUUAAGGUCCGCAAACAACCGCCUCAACUUGGAUCCGAUCCACAGUUGUCUCAAGGCUCAUCGAAUUCGGCAUACCAAAGUCAAUCUUCAGAAACCUUAUUUUCAUGA